CUCCCCCCACCACCACAUCCCCCUCCCUCCCCAUCCCCGGUCUCAGCCUCCCUCCCUCUCUCUCUCUCUCUCUGUCCUCGGCUAUACCGGCAGCGGGGCUGGGGAGAGAUGGGAAGGAAGAGCCGGCGGUGCUGCUGAGCCUUGCCAAGCGGAGGGCGAGCCGCGUCCAGGAGGCGAGGCUGACGCCCUCGCACCUCCCUCCCUCCCUCCCUCCCUCUCCGCUUCCAGCUUGCAGAAAGCCGUCGAGAUCCGAAGCCGCCUUUGGGUUCCAAAGAAAGAAUGCUAGAAGCUCGGUCAGCCAAUGAUUCUCUUGCAGCGCGCUGGGUUUCCUCCUCUUCCUCUUCCUGAGACGCCCCCAUCUCUUCCUAUGUCAGUGGCCACCAGGCCUACAGCCACCUUGCGACUUUCUCCACCGAAACCACUGGGACCGGGGCCAUCCUUGCCACUUGCACAAGAUGAGGAACUCGCCGCGAGGGGGGAGCAAGACCCCUUGCUGGAGGAGCUCUGCAAGCCAUUGUGCUGUAGGCUUUGCAACGUCACCCUGAACUCUGCCCAGCAAGCCCAGGCCCACUACCAGGGUAAAAACCACAGUAAGAAACUUCGCAACUACUAUGCUGCCAACAGCUGCCCAGCUCCUGCCCGAGUGAGUAACUCUCUUGAGCCAGCUACUCAUCCGAUGGUAUCUCUUACACCCCAGGGCUCCUCCCCGAAACCUGGAGGGCGAGUGAUCUUGGCUACGGAGAACGAUUAUUGCAAACUGUGUGAUGCAUCAUUUUCUUCGCCAGCGGUGGCCCAGGCUCACUACCAGGGCAAGAAUCACGCCAAGAGGCUACGCCUGGCUGAGGCACAGAACAACUCGUUCUUAGAGUCGCCCGAAGUGGCUGGAAAGAGGAAAGCGCGAAAAGAAGGGAACGAAUUCAAGAUGAUGCAGAACAGAAGAAAUGUUUAUGCAGUGCAAAAUAACACAGGCCCUUAUUUCAACCCACGUUCCCGUCAGCGGAUACCUCGUGACCUCGCCAUGUGCGUCACCCCCAGCGGCCAGUUCUACUGCUCCAUGUGCAACGCCGGGGCCAGCGAAGAAGUGGAGUUCCGGCAGCAUUUGGAGAGCAAGCAACACAAAAGCAAAGUCUCCGAACAGCGGUAUAAGAACGAGAUGGAGAACCUCGGCUACGUCCAAUGAGACUCGAUCCCUGAAAGCCGCUCUUCUUCUUUUUUUUUUUUUUUUGACUUUUCCCUACGUAGGGAGCAGCUUCUGCUUGCUUGCCUGCCACUGCCCUGCAUCUGUGCUCUGUGCCUUAGGAGGCCUGCUCCCCAGCUCUCUCCGUGCUUCUCAGAAACUCGCCAAACCUAUCCGUGAAGUCAAUGAAUUUCAGUCCGAAGACAAAGAGAAGCGGGGUCACGCUCCCAGUUGGCAGGAAUGCGUGCCACAGGAUAUUGGAUGUUGAUGUGUUCGGUCCGUUAGCUGCCUUCGAAGGAGAACCUGCCCCUUUCACUGGUCCCCUGCCCUUCCCCUUGCAUGAGUGAGCUUUGCUUGAGAAGGUAGUGUGAAGAGUUCAUCCCCCCCCCUCUCUUUUUUUUUUUUUGCUGUGCAUUGUGCCACUUUUGCAUAUGGAGACUUGGUGAAACAAAUGACAAAGGGUCAACUUAAGGUGUCGCCCGUCUGGGAAACCCUUCCAAUUCCUCCUCUCUGGUUAAAUCCCACAAUCUCCAGUUGUACAGCGGUUUGGAGGGGGGUGGGGAAAGUAGAGACAGGAGAGGCCUCUGUGGCUAGUCAGAAUGAUAAGAACUGGGUGAAUUGAACCAGUAGGGACUCAGCUGCUAUUAAAAAAGUAACUGGGGGGUGGGGGGGGGAGGAAAAAUGUAGUGCACUGACUGGCUGCUUGAGUGAGUCUUGGAAGGAGAGAGAGUGUCUCGGGAUUUAAAUUCUUUUUAAAUCAAUGUCUUUUUUUUUUUUUUUAAAGGCCCAUCCAGAAGCCAAGAGAAAGAUGUGGUGUUUGAAUAAAUAGCAAACGGAUGUUAUGCCCUGGUGAGGUCUGAAGCAUUUUCAAGACAGGGGCUGCACUGGAAAAGGCUUCGGGCUUCAAUUCGAUAGCAUCCGGUUCCCCUACAUCAGGGGUGUCCAACUCAAGGGCCGCGGGCCAGAUCCGGUCCACGGGGUGCUUAGAUCUGGCCCGCAGGGGCCGCCUUGGAAGCAGCGAAGGACCGGCCCACGGUGCUUCUGUCAGUGAAAAUGGAACUCCGUUUUUGCUGACAGAGGGUUGCAGGAGGCUGUUGCAGCCGAAAACGGAGCUCAGGAGCCCGUUUUCUCUUGACAGAGCACUCAGGCCACCAAAAGGCACCCCCAACACUAGUGAUGUAGAGCUGGCCACGCCCACCCUGGCCACACAUACACACACACACACACACACACACACACACACACACACACGCACCGAGGUCAAACACAAUCCUGAUGCGGCCCUCAAUGAAAUCGAGCUUGAUACCCCUGCUGUACAUACUCGGGUUGCUGUAGCUCCUUGCAAAAUAAUAAUUCAUUAUUAUUUGGGAGGGAAGAUCCAGUGCUGGGUUUGAAACCUAAUUCAAGUAUGCUUGGGUGCCGUACGUUAGAAUGAAUGAGAGAAUUUCCUUUCCCUAAAUUGGGGCUUUUUAUCUGUUGAAAUUGCCACCAAGGUGAUGUUGACUUGAAUGAAAUAAGAAAAGCAGUUCUCAAAUGGUUUUGAAAUAGCUGGUGUCUUUUCCCGUCCUCAUACUUUCUACCAUUAAUUGGUGGUUGUUUUUUUUAUAUAUAAUGCUUCCCAUUUUGGGCAAAACAGCCACAAUCAGUCCUGGCAUUCUUGAUUUGAGAACAAAAAUCUGAAAAUGAUUUCUUUUUGUACUCUACUGUAUUGUUUCAGUUAGAUCUAGUGAUGGAGGCUAGUAGCCUCCAAAUCUCUAGAAUUCUGCUUUCUGACUGGGAUGGGCAGCUAUGGCUCCUUUAUCACCUGCAGACUUCAACUCCCAGAAUUCCUGGCUCAAGAAUUCCUGGCCCUGUGCUAUCUGGGUGGGUUGGACUUCAGUUCCCAUAAUUCCACUACCACAUACAAGAGUCGUAAACUCGGCGCAUCUGAAGGCACUAACAAGGGUUUAAUCCAGGGGUGAAAUGCUCCCGGAUCGGACCGGAUCGCGUGAUUUGGUAGCGAUCGUGGCUGGUAGUUUGGCGAUCCGGUAGCGAUGGCAAAGCAAAGUUCCGCCCACCCGCCCGGGUGUCAUUACUUCCUGGUUUUAACCAGGAAGUAAUGUGUUUUUUAACCAGCAAUGUGUUUUUUAACCAGGAAGUAAUGUGUUUUGCGCAUGCGCAGAAAUCUGCGCGCGCAUGUGAUGUGCAUGAGCAAAGUGACCGUGUGUGCACGGUGCAUGCAUUUUCAAAACGGUAAGGAAGGUAAGUAGAUUUCACCCCUGGUUUAAUCCUUUGCUAGGUUCAAUCCUAUUGUUAGAGGUUUCAUUUACAAGUGGGAGAAAAGACUAGAUUUGAAAGUAAAGGACAUAUCCAUGCAAAGAAAUAAAAACGCUGAGAUACUUACUUAAGACAGGAGUUGAGAUGGAGGAGUACCUAGUUAUUGUUUGUCCUAAAACUCAGCUGACGAUUUCACUGAGAACAGUACAUAUCUAUCAAAAAUCCAAAUGGAUUAUGAAGGGCACGUUAGCUCUUACCAAUAGAAGAGAAUAUCUUUAGCUCAGGGUGAACUGUGGGGUCCUCAGGUUCCUCUGAGCUAGGAUGUUUUCUUGCAGACCUUUCAUUACCAACAAGAUAACAUCAUCAGUACUAACAUCAACUGAGAGCAAACCCCACUCUCUUCUAGCACCGAGGAUGCAAGAAAGCAAGUUCAGAGACUCCACAGCAGCUCUCAAAAGUAAAGGAUUGGUAUCUUUUUGGUGUAAAUCUUCAGCCUGUUCCGAAGUUUGUAGACUUAAUGAAUGAUUAUAAACCCUAAGAGGUGACAAUUGGAAAGGGGAAACAAAGGAAAUGAAAUAUUUAUCAAAGUUGUCUCACUGGCCAGUAGAUUGAUUUUUUGUUUGUACGUGUGCUGCUACUAAUCUGUAUAUUUUUGUAUUUAUUUCGAUCAUGCUGACCAUUAAUAAGCUCACAAAUAUUUAAGGUGUUAUCUCAUGGGUUUUAUUUUAUUUUUUUUGUUCGCUUUGUUAACUUUGAAAACACGCAUAUCAUUACUUGUUGAAAAGUUAUUUAUUAUGUUUCUAGAAAUGUGUUUUCUUUUGCCCUUUCCAUGUAUGUUUUGUUCUUAAAUGAUCCCUAUAGGAUGCAAUCAUUGGAAUUGAGUGGCCAAGCGAUGACAUCACUCAUAGUCUCUUUAUGACUAUGAUGCUACUUAGGAUCUGUAGCUGUGCCUCUGUAGAACAGUGACGCAUUAUUUUUUUUGCAACAUUGCCAUUUUCUCAUGAGUCUAUCCGACCUGGCUCACAUAUUGCACUAAGCCAUGUUUUAUUAAUAACCCACAACUGAGUUCAUGUAUCACGCUAAGCCAAACAAUUAUGGUUUACAAACCAAAACGGUUGGUCUAAGGAUGGCAGUGAGUGGUAGUUUUCUGGAGGAUAGUUAUGGUAUUUUAAAUAAAGGGUCAAAUCAUAAAAACCUAAUCUUGAGUUUAAAUUUUGUCCCAAGAUGACCAAUGUUUCUGUAUGGCUUGUUACCAGAUCAGACAUAUAAUCUAGAUCGGGGUGAAGUGCUACGCGCAAUCCGGUAGUAGUCAUGGGCGAUAGUUCGGCGAUCCAGUAGGGAUGGCGGAGCCAAGCUCCACUCACCCGCCCGGGUGUCAUUACUUCCUGGUUUUAACCAGGAAGUAAUUCUUUUUUUUUUUUGCACAUGCGCAGAAGGUCUGCGCGCGCAUGUGACGUGCACUUCCGAGCCGGUAAGGAAGCUAAGUAGAUCUAGAUCAGGGGUGUCCAACUUUGCCAACUUUAAGAUUUGUAGACUUCAACUUCUAGAAUUCGCCAGCCAGCCAGAAUUCCAGCCUGGGGAAUUCUGGGAGUUGAAGUUCACAAGUCUUAAAGUUGCUGAAGUUGGAUACUCCUGAGCUUGCCAUUAUUUCUUUAUAGCAAGAUUAUGUCAAGUGCUUAAGACUAAGGAGAACUUAAAUGUGUCAAGUUUAAUCUAAUGUACUUUCAAUAUACACAUUGGGUUUUAAUAUACCCAAAUGGGGAAGAAUUUGUUUCCUACGUUCUUGUGUGAUAUCUGCCCACUUUUAGCAUCCCUCUCAAUAAAUGUUGCCUGCAGUGAAAUCAAGUCAAAUCAAAUCAAACUUUGCUGUAGAAUGGAUGAAUGAAUGAAUAUUACAUGGAUCCUUUCUAAUCUCCAUUCUUACAAGGUUUUUUUUAAUGUCUUCUUUGUCCUCUCCUUGUUUGACCUCCAGAAGAGAAGUGGAAUCUUUUGCAGGGUGCUCGCACAAGUCACCCUGCCUUUUUUCAAGGGACUUCUUUGUAAGUUUCAGAAUGGAUGAGCUAAGGAAAAUGUUGCAGCAGGACCUGAGGCUGGGCCCUUCCUUGGUAACAAUUUAGGAGGAGCUCAGAAUAUCUAUUUUUCCUCAUUUUAUUAUUAUACAUUUUUGGAAGAAUGUAGGAUAUAGUUGACAUAGGUAAUGAAAUGCAGGCAGGUGCAUCUGAUCUGAAACAGAUAUCUAGUAUAAUCUAAUACCGUGAUUUUGAACCUAUGCCAUACGUGUGCCAUAGGUGGUAUGUGUAGCCAUAUUUCUGGGCCCGUGAGCUGAUUUUCGGGCCUUCUGGGCCCACCAGAAUUAGGAAAACAAGCUGUUUCCUGCCUCUGGAGGGCCUUGAGGGUUGAUGGGGAAGGCCCGUUUUUCUCUCUCACCUGGCUCCAGAGCAUCUCUAGUAGUCUUGGGGGGGGAGGCGCGAAAAUGGCCUCCCACCCCCCGAGGUCCUCCAGAGGCCGAAAAUGGCCCGUUUCUGGCAUCUGGAGGACCUUCGGGGGAGAGGAGGCCAUUUCCCCCCCCAACUCCUAGAAAGACCCUGGAGCUAGGUGAGAGAGAAAAACGGGCCUACCGGGCCAUUGUGUGCCAGGAGUGGGAAGAGCAAGUGGGGGGGGGAGUCGCGUGCGCAUGCACGGGGGGCGGGGCGCAUAAAAUUAUGGAUUUGGGCACCUGUGCAUGUGACUCCCCAGCCCCCCCUCCUGGCACAUGAUGGCAAAAAGGUUAGCCAAUACUGAUCUAAUACACAUUUAGAAACUUAAAGCACUGAGAUAUUUCAUAUCCAUUUUCUAAACAAAAUCUGCAUGCCUUUAUUAAACUUUAAGCUGAAGCUUGGUAAAUUUAGUUCAAGUCAUAAAAAAAGUAGAAAGUAAAUAAUACGUUAAAUCUCCAUGCAGGUUCUCAGAUAUCCAGGUCAUCCAGGUUGUCUCAAAGUUGCUUUUUAAUUAAAAAAAACCCCCAAUUCCGUUGCCUUUUAAAAAAAUAAAAAUCACCUUUGAGAAUACAUUAAAUCAAUCCUGUGAACCAGCCAUGCUGACUGGAAAAUUCUGGGAGUCGAAAUCCACACCUCUUAAAAUUGCUGAGAUUCAGAUACACAGAUAUGAAGUCUAAAAAAUUGUGGAUGUGGAAUGAUUCUGUGCAUAAUAAUAAUGUCCUACAUUGAAAUAGUUUUCAAUAAGAAUUAAGUUUCUCUACAGGUAGUUCCUCAGCUUACAAGCACAAUUUAGCCCAAAAUUUCUCUUGCUAAGUGAGACAUUUGUUAAGUGAAUUUUUGCUCCAUUUUACGAUCUUUCUUGCCACAGGUGUUUGGAGUGAAUCGCUGCAGUCGUUAAAUUAGUCACAUGGUUGUUAAGUGAAUCUGGUUUCCUCAUUGACUUUGCUUGUCAGAAGGUCCCAAAAAGGGACCACAUGACCCUGGGGAUACCACAACGGUCGUGAAUGUGAAUCAGUUCCCAAGUUCCUGAAUUUUGAUUGCACGACCAUGGGGACUGUGCAGUGGUCAUCUGAAAAAUGGCUGAAAGUCGUUUCUUCAAUGCCGUUAUAAAUUUGAACAAUCACUAAAGGAACUGUUGUAAGUUGAGGGCUACCUGUAUAAUGCUACUCCAAACACUGUGGGAGGCCUACUCUUAAAAUAUAGUUAAACCGUUCUUCAGAAGAGAGAAUCCUUGCAGCCAUCCUGAUCUUUUUAAGUAUUAAAAUUUUCCAUUUGUCUGGAUGCUGAUGAUUGAACUACAGCUUAUCUGUAGGGCAGGAUUGAUACUGCAUCCUCAAGGCUACCUGCAAACAGCAUUUUCUUCCUGCUGCUUAAGCAAUAGAUUCAGCUUGGUAAGCCUAUUUUUGUCAUUGCAAUACACAUUGUGAAUGGUUUUCGUACUGAGUAGUUGGUCACAAAGUUAUAGAACAGAGGUGUCAAACUCAAGGCCUGCGGGCUGGAUCUGGCUAGCACGGGGUUCUAAGAUCUGGUCUACGGGGCUGCCCUGGAAACAGCGAAGGACCAGCCUGCGGUGUCUUUGCCAGCGAAAAUGGAGCUGAGGAGGGACACACGCGGUCCUCCCGAGCUCCAUUUUCACUGACAGAGGGUUGCAGGAGGCCGUUGCAGCUGAAAACAGAGCUCGGGAGCCCGUUUUCUCUGACAGCACUCAGGCCACCACAGGCACCCCUGACGUGUGACAUCGAGCUGUCCCCACCCACCCCAGUCCCUUGAGGUAAAACAUAAUCCUGAUGCAGCCCUCAAUGAAAUUGAGUUUGACACCCCUAUUAUAGAACAUUUGAAUGUCCGAACUCGCUUAGAUCUUAUUUGGCUCUUCUUCAUUGUUAUUAGAUCAACCUGAUAGCAUUGACGUCUGUAGGAGCCGUCUUAGAGAUUUGAGUGCCCCAACAAUCCUUACUAACUUUGUUAAGGCUCAUCUGUAGAGAAACCGGGUUAAAUAAAUUUAAAUUAUUGAACCUAAGCACCUACUGACUUCAAAAUAGAACGUAUAAUAUAAUAAAACCAUAAAAGAGAGCAGGAGCUAGAUGGCAAGAUUGUCUAACAACACCCACACCCCCAAAUAAAUCUGACGAGGGUCCCAACCAGAGGUGGGUUUCAGCAGGUUCUGACCAGUUCUGGAGAACCGGUAGCGGAAAUUUUGAGUAGUUCAGAGAACAGGUAAAUACCACCUCUGACUGGCCCCGCCCCCAUCUAUUCUCUGCCUCUAGAGUCCCAGCUGACAGAGAGGAAAUGGUGAUUUUGCAGUAACCUUCCCCUGGACUGGGGUGGGAAUGGAGAUUUUAGUGUAUCCUUCCCCUGUCAUGCCCACCAAGCCACGCCCACAGAACCGGUAGUAAAAAAUUUUUGAAUCUCACCACUGAUCCCAAUCACUCUAAUCCAGGGCCCAGAAAAAUCUCCAGUGCUAUUAAGGCUUUCAGGAACACCGGGUUCAAUUUGGAAGGUUCGUUGGUUCUUAUCUUCUUUUUUUACUGCACAAUAAUAAAAGAUUAUGUCUGUGACAUAUUCUUUCUUUUGUUGAGAUAAGAGUUGAAAAUAGGAUUUUAAAUUUAUCUCCCAGCAACUGAUACUGAUAACUCUCUCUUAAUAUAAUAUUUUGUGCUUCCGUAAUAAUUGUUAAAUUUAGCUACAUGAUUUAGGAUAAAAACCUUAACAAUUUUCCUUAAAAAAAGAAAAAGAAGCCUUUUCUGCUGUUUAUUGUUGUUAAAGAUUAAAAAGUACAAAUUACUGUCUGGCAUUAAUAGACCUUGCCUAGAUAUAAAAUUGGAGGCAGUUUUUAUUUCCAUUAUGUAAAAUUGCCACCAGGAAUCUCUUGCAGAAGUUAAAUUGCUGUAGGGGGUGGACAUGUGCACUCUGAUAGCAGUUGUAAAGAGAUCAUUUGUGCAAUAUUUCUGAUUAUCUGAUUCUUUCCAAAAGGAAGAAGAGAUUUAAUUGCGGUACUUUUUUCUCAAUCUCUGCUCGAGAUUGUCCCAUUCUAAAGCAUUGUCCCAUUCUAAAUUGUCCCAUUCUAAAGCACUUUGACAUACAAGUACUAUAGGACUUGUAUUAUUCUUACACAGUGGUGGGAUCCUACUGGUUUAACAACCGGUUCUGUGAUCAUGCACUUUGCACGUGCGCACGUGCUACGUGCGCUACUCGCUACAUGCGCUAUGCGCGUGCACGCAAUUGAACAAAAAAUUACCUUCCGCAUUAGUGCUAGGGAGUUAGAACAGCUGAGGCACAGCAAUCCACUCUGCCGCGCUAAUCAGAUGCGAAGAUAUAGGUAAGUAAAGCACAGGGGCGGGCCCAGCUGAUGGUCAGAGUGAACCGAUUCGCUCUCAGCUUAACUUCGGAGCUACCGGUUCGCCCGAACAGGUCCGAACCGGUAGAAUCCCACCCCUGCUCUUACGUACAAAUUCUCGUUCUUGAAUGCUAAUCAGGCAGGAAUGUGGGGUUGUUUUGAAAGCUUGGAAGGACAUUGAACCCUUCCUCUUCUCUUGCUCCAAAUUCAUAGAUCCAUAUAGAAGAGCUUGGAGGUCCUCUACAACGCCCUACCCAGGACAGAAUCUCAUAUCUCUCACAGAUGUCACUAUCCAAUCUGUUCAGCAAUGCUCAGUUUCCAGUUUCACAUUCUGGCUUAAAGAAGAUUGCAAGCUAACUCUGAAAGCGAUUCAUUUCAGUAAGAAGACACUUGCCAGAUUUACUUACCAGGACAUGUUUUUUUUGGGGAAAUGUGGAAUUUUAGUUUUCUCUCAAGGAUGGCACCUGGGGUGAAAUUCAGCAGGUUCUGACAGGUUCUGGAGAACCGAUUGCAGAAAUUUUGAGUAGUUUGGAGAAACGGCAAAUACUACCUCUGGCUGGACCCAGAGUGGGGUGGGAAUGGAGAUUUUGCAAUAUCCUUCUCCCAGGAGUGGGGAGGGAAUGGGGAUUUUGCAGUAUCCUUCCCCUGGAGUAGAAUGGGCAUGGAGAUAUUGCAGUAUCCUUCCCCUGCCACGCCCACCAAGCCACGCCCACAGAACUGGUAGUAAAAAAAAUUGGAUUUCACCAUUGAUGGAGCGCCUUGGUAGUUUUAGCUUACAGCAGCAGUUCUUCAACUCAGUCAGAGCUGAUGAGAUAAACGGUUUUAAACCACAUAGAAGAGGGUCACAAUUUAAAACAAAAAUUAAUCAGCGUUGACAGGCAGAGCAGCAGUGCUAUAAAAGCUCGUUUUGGACUUAGUCCUAGCGGGCAAUGAUUGACACCUGCACUGAUAUAUAAUUAUCACUGUCAGAUUUAUUUCUUAGCUAACUCUACCACCAAAGAAACUUUUGUUGGGGUUUGAGUUGGGGAGGAAAACACACCCAAAUUGUUUUGAGUGUCAUGGUACUGCAAACUUUGAGGACUGCUGGCUUAGUGUAAUAUGUGAAUCCAGCCACUGUGAUUUGUGAACCAUUUGUGGCUUAGCACCAGGUAUAAACUCAACGGCUAUGGCUGAGUCAACAUUGGAACCAUAUUUGUGGUUUCUUAAUGUGAUGUUAAAACCCAGCCAUUGCUUCCCACAGAGAUGUCCAUGGCUUAAUAUACUUAUUGAGUUGUGCAAUGCAAGAGUACCCACAUAAAUUACACCCAUGAUUACCGAAACAAGAGGGAAGAAAUUUGCGUGUUUAAGAGUUUGGUUGUCAAUCACCUCAGGUGAUUAAAGGUGUAAAAUGUAUUUCUGGAUUCAGCUAGAACUUUUGUAUUAAGAGACAUCCUUUUAUGUGGGUUGUAAACUGUGACAUAUUGCAAGAGAACUUUAGGAAAUAAGAGCAUUUGCGGUUGCCAUUUAUUUUUUUUAUGGCCUUGAGGACCUACUGUCUUCUGUCUUUUGGUUUCUAUGCCAGAAACAUGGCUUUAGGUCCUUCAUUUUUUAAAUUUCCUAUUUCGGAGUCUUAUACACGGCAAUUUCAGUCUAUGUCUCGUGAUGCCUCACUGUGGAACUUCAGCCCCGCAAAGCCACUGAGAAGAUCAAUACAGGAUGCAGCAUUUACAGACUUUGCACAGCUUUCUAAUAAAAUAUACUGUUUGGAUUGUGAUGAA